AUGUUGAGGUCGGCUUCAAGCAGCCUUGUUAAAGUUUUCAAAAAAUCCUUGGUACCAGCUACUAGGGUGGGCUCCGUUCUGCCUUCGAGGCUGUCUCACGGCGGUCCCGUUGAAUCUGAUGAAGAAUUCGAUUGCAGAUACGAAGCAUUCUUCAACAGGAAGGACAUCGAUGGCUGGGAAAUUCGUAAGGGAAUGAAUGACCUGGCUGGUAUGGACCUGGUGCCAGACCCGAAGAUCAUUAACGCCGCUAUGUACGCCUGCAGAAGGGUCAAUGACUACGCCCUCGCAGUCAGAUUUCUUGAAUCAUGCAAGGACAAGUGCGGACCCAAACUGAAUGAGAUCUAUCCUUACAUCCUUCAAGAGAUUAAGCCGACCCUCAUUGAGCUCGGCAUUGAUACUCCCGAGGAACUGGGAUACGACAAACCUGAAUUAGCUUUAGAAAAUGUUUACGACAUGUGA